AGCAGGGCAUCUGAAGCUCUGUAGGCCCUCAGAUAUUUGCUGAAUGAAUGAUUACUGUUCUUUGCUAACUUCUUUUCUUGUUAAUUUAUAUUAAGUGCAAUGAAAUGUGUUUGGUUUCCUCUGUCUAGUUUGAAUUCUUGAGAUCUCCCAGUUGGUGACAGACAUGAUGUUCUACCGGUUGCUAUCCAUUGUCCAAAGACAAAGAACCAACCCCAGAUGGCAGAAUUGGUCCUCAGCAAGAAGCAGCGCAUCUGCUGCCGAGGCACAUUCUAUCACCCUGCCCACCCAGACACAGGUGGUCAUCUGUGGGGGUGGAGUCAUGGGAGCAUCUGUGGCCUAUCACCUGUCCAAAAUGGGGUGGAAGGAUGUUGUCCUUCUGGAGCAGGGCAGGCUGGCUGCUGGCUCUACAAGGUUCUGUGCUGGCAUCCUGAGCACCGCCAGGCACUUGACCAUUGAGCAGAAGAUGGCAGACUAUUCAAACAAACUCUACCAUCAGUUAGAGCAAGAAACAGGCAUCCAAACAGGUUACAUAAGGACAGGCUCAAUCUGUCUGGCUCAAACUCAGGACCGGCUGAUCUCCCUGAAGCGCAUCAACUCAAGGCUGAAUGUCAUAGGCAUCCCUUCUGAGAUCAUCUCCCCCAAGAAAGUGGCUGAACUUCACCCUCUCCUCAACGUGCACGACUUGGUGGGGGCCAUGCAUGUUCCUGAGGACGCAGUGGUGUCCUCUGCAGAUGUGGCUCUUGCCCUGGCAAGUGCUGCCUCCCAAAACGGUGUUCAGAUCUAUGACCGGACAACUGUUCUUCAUGUAAUGGUCAAAAAAGGUCAAGUUACUGGCGUAGAAACAGAUAAAGGACAAAUUGAAUGCCAGUAUUUCGUCAACUGUGCUGGUCAGUGGGCAUACGAGCUGGGUCUGUCCAACGAGGAGCCGGUUAGUAUCCCGUUACAUGCCUGCGAACACUUCUACCUUCUGACUCGCCCCUUGGAGACCCCUCUGCCAAGCAACACACCAACUAUUAUGGAUUCUGAUGGAAGAAUUUACAUUCGGAACUGGCAAGGUGGCAUCUUGUCUGGGGGCUUUGAGAAGAACCCUAAACCACUUUUCACUGAGGGCAAGAAUCAGCUAGAGAUUCAGAAUUUACAGGAAGACUGGGAUCACUUUGAGCCCCUGUUGAGCUCCCUCCUGCGCAGGAUGCCAGAAUUAGAGACUCUGGAGAUCAUGAAGUUGGUGAAUUGCCCGGAGACCUUCACACCUGACAUGAGGUGCAUCAUGGGCGAGUCUCCUGCAGUGCAGGGCUACUUUGUCUUGGCAGGAAUGAACUCUGCGGGCCUUUCGUUCGGAGGAGGAGCUGGGAAGUUUCUCGCUGAAUGGAUGGUACAUGGUUAUCCCUCAGAAAAUGUCUGGGAAUUGGACUUGAAACGUUUUGGAGCCCUUCAGAGCAGCCGUACCUUUCUGCGCCACCGGGUCAUGGAAGUUAUGCCUCUGAUAUGUGACCUGAAGGUUCCCCGGUGGGACUUCCAGACGGGUAGGCAGUUACGCACGUCUCCUCUCUAUGACCGGUUAGAUGCACAAGGAGCCAGAUGGAUGGAGAAACACGGAUUUGAGAGGCCAAAGUACUUUGUUCCACCUGACAAGGAUCUCCUGGCAUUGGAACAGAGCAAGACUUUCUAUAAGCCAGAUUGGUUUGACAUCGUGGAGUCUGAAGUCAAGUGCUGUAAGGAAGCAGUUUGUGUCAUCGAUAUGUCCUCUUUCACAAAGUUUGAGAUAACAUCCACUGGGGAUCAGGCCUUAGAAAUUCUGCAGUAUCUCUUCUCCAAUGACCUGGAUGUGCCCGUGGGCCACAUUGUGCAUACAGGCAUGCUCAACGAAGGUGGAGGGUACGAGAAUGACUGCAGCAUAGCACGGCUGAACAAGCGCAGUUUCUUCAUGAUCUCUCCAACUGACCAGCAGGUCCACUGCUGGGCCUGGCUUAAGAAACACAUGCCGAAGGACAGCAACCUGGUUCUGGAGGACGUUACCUGGAAAUACACUGCCCUCAAUCUGAUUGGCCCUCGCGCUGUGGAUGUGCUGUCCGAGUUGUCUUAUGCCCCUAUGACUCCAGACCACUUCCCAAGUCUCUUUUGCAAGGAGAUGAGUGUGGGCUACGCAAAUGGGAUCCGGGUGAUGAGCAUGACUCACACAGGAGAACCGGGGUUCAUGCUUUAUAUCCCCAUAGAGUAUGCCCUGCAUGUAUACAAUGAAGUGAUGAGUGUUGGGCAAAAGUACGGAAUCCGGAAUGCUGGAUAUUAUGCUCUGCGCAGUCUCCGAAUUGAGAAGUUUUUUGCCUUCUGGGGACAGGAUUUAAAUACCCUCACCACACCCCUCGAAUGUGGACGAGAGUCUCGCGUGAAAUUAGACAAGGGCAUGGAUUUCAUUGGUCGGGAUGCCCUGCUGCAACAGAGGCAGAAUGGGGUAUAUAAACGCUUCACUAUGUUCAUCCUGGAUGACCACGACACAGACCUAGACCUUUGGCCAUGGUGGGGUGAGCCCAUCUACCGGAAUGGACAAUAUGUUGGCAAGACCACCAGCAGUGCCUAUAGCUACUCCCUGGAGCGCCACGUCUGCCUGGGUUUUGUGCACAAUUUUUCCGAGGACACUGGGGAAGAGCAGGUGGUGACAGCAGAUUUCAUCAACCGGGGAGAGUAUGAAAUUGACAUUGCAGGACACCGGUUCCAGGCCAAGGCCAAGCUGUACCCAAUUGCCUCUCUCUUCACCCACAAACGCCGAAAGGAUGACAUGGAAAUGAGUGACUUGCAUGGGAAAUAAUGCCAUCGCCCUUUCUCCUCCCAUUGUUUCAUCCCACAGAAGCACCAGCUCAGAGCUUCUCUUCUGUUUGACUUUAUCCCUCUUUAGCAAACCUUUGCCUUCCUUCUCUUUCAUCUCCUUGAUAUAAUUUUGAAUUUGACAUCCUUU